UGAAGCUGAAAGCGAGGGAGGAAGAGUAAGGCAGGCAUUGGGCAACAAACAGAGACAAGGAAGCUCAUGUCAUAGCCCCAACCAAAAGAAAACAGAGAAAAGAAUGGUUUGUCAAAUGUUGACGUGACCAUCAUCCAUUCGUCCCCAUUCCAGAUUCCACCCCCACUCCUCUCUCUCUCUUUUAACAAACAAAAUUCUCCUAAUUGUGCAUCUGGGUGUUGUUAUUUGUUAAAAGGGAUGGGUGUGGGUAGGAAUCAUAAAUCAAUUGUGAGAUUCUAAAAGUUGUGGGUUUUCUCUGCUUUGCCUUGUCUUAUGGUCUUAGUGGUAGAUAAUCAACACAUUUAAUAUAUAAGUGAUAAAUUGAUAAUCAAUACUGAAAUAAUAUUAAUAAUAAUAAUUUAAUGGGGAAUGUGAAUGGAAAAGAAGAUGGGAGUAGCAGCCCAUCGGGGGUUGAAGAAGAAGAAGAAGAAGAAGAAGGAGGAGGUAACAGUGUUCACGAAGCUAUGGCUGCACCCAUGGGUCACUCACCUCCCCACAGCCCCACAGCCACCCACUCUCCUCUCAUGUUUACUCCGCAGGUUCCAGUUGUUCCUUUACAGAGACCUGAUGAGAUACAUACACCAAAUCAAUCAUGGUUGCAGGCUACAACAGGAUACGAGGAUGGCUGCACUGAGAAAGGAAUUCCAACAAUGAUUACAUGGGGCUAUGGUGGCAAAGAAGUAGCUGUUGAGGGGUCAUGGGACAAUUGGAAGACAAGAAUUCCCUUGCAGAGAUGUGGAAAAGACUUCACUAUUAUGACAGUAUUACCAUCAGGUGUUUACCAGUAUAGGUUCAUUGUUGAUGGACAAUGGAGGUAUGCCCCUGACUUGCCAUGGGCACAAGAUGAUAUGGGCAAUGCUAACAACAUUUUGGACUUGCAGGAUUAUGUACCAGAAGAUCUUGAAAGUAUAUCUAGUUUUGAACCUCCCAAGUCCCCAGAGUCGAGCUAUAAUAACUUGCCACUUGGAGCUGAGGAUUUUGCUAAGGAGCCACCACUAGUUCCCCCACACCUACAACUGCCACUGCUUAAUCUGCCUGCAUCUCACAUGGAGAUUCCACCUCUUCUGUCAAGACCUAAACAUGUAAUUCUAAAUCAUCUCUACAUUCAGAAGGGUAAGAGUGGACAACCUGUGGUGGCACUUGGUUCAACUCAUCGAUAUUUGGCCAAGUAUGUGACUGUGGUGCUCUACAAGCCUGUGCAGCGGUAGGAUUAGAUGGUGACUAUGUGGACCUUGUGGUGAAUAUAAUUAUCACGGUGCCGAGGACUUUUAAGUAGCUUAGGAAGGAGUCACCAAAUGCAUACUUUAAAGAUUCUAUUUUUAUCUUAGUGAUCGUUGAUCCGUUAAUAAAUAUUAUUGUUCUUGUUUAAUUUUCCACGCUAAGGGUUCUGACUUAAUUCGUUUGGUCCCACGCAAAUGCAAUUGGUAUGGGGAAGAAGUUGGACUAAGAUUCGCCUUUUGUGUAGUUUUACGGCUGCAAUACUACAUGCGCUCAAAAUUGGGCUGCCCCAUCAAAUAUAAAUUGGGACAGUACCUAUAUGGU